UUUCUUAUGAUUGCUCAUCAGUCUUUAUGUGAAUGUAGAACUGAUUUGUUUAUCAAGUUUUUAUUAGUUUCGGAAACAGACAACUAGAGGUAAUCUGUUGAAUGUGGUUCGGUAGUUAGAUAAAGCCUAUAAAACUAAACGGUUGAAAUACCGAGAGUGAUCAUUGAAGUGUAGCAAUGAGACAUCGACUUUAACGAUUCAGAUUACCUUUCACUAGAAUUUGCAACUCAAGUUUUCCUCUUUGUUCAUUCACAAACUCACAAUGCUGUUGAAGACACACCUACAAUUGGUCACAGGUCCAGUUGAUCGGGUUUUCGCUGGAAAGGCACCCUGGCAGAUAGUGGCCAUAACGACUACCACAGUGCUGGGGGCAGUAUGGUUAUGGGAACUGCUGAAUGAGGAUGAAAGCAUCUAUUCACGCCUCCGGCGUAAAUUUUUCCAACUUGCUCGUAAAGUUCCCGCUGUGCAACGUAAAAUCACAACAGAGAUCAACCAAAUCAAUGACAGUUUUGUGCGAGAUGCUUCGCAGUAUGGAAAAUUCACAACCGUACUGCCCAACGAUGGCCUCCAUCACGAUCAAAUCCUGCAGAAGGUCGACGACUACUUGUCGCUCGGACACUACAAGUGGAAGGAAGGGUUCAUCUCUGGUGCAGUGUACUAUUACGAUCAGGAUCUAGUUAAGCUUGUUACACAGGUUUAUGGAAAGGCAUCCUACACGAACCCACUGCAUCCGGAUGUUUUCCCCGGUAUUUGUAAAAUGGAAGCUGAGGUCGUACGAAUGACAGCGACGCUUUUCAAUGGCCCAAAAGAAGCUUGCGGCACGAUGACCACCGGUGGUACCGAAUCAAUUAUGAUGGCCUGCAAAGCCUACCGGGACUACGGUCGUAGUGUCAAGGGCAUCACGAAACCGAAUAUGGUGCUGUCUGUUACUGCACACACUGCUUUUGAUAAAUCAGCCAAGUACUUAGGCAUAUACACUCAAACGGUGCCGAUUGAUAUUGCCUCCACCAAAGUUGAUGUUAAGAAGAUGGAGCGUGCCAUCAACAGUAACACGAUUAUGUUGGUUGGAUCCGCUCCGAACUAUCCUUACGGAACAAUGGACGACAUCGUAGCAAUCGCAAAAUUAGGCAAAAAAUACAACAUUCCAGUACAUGUGGAUGCUUGUCUAGGAGGUUUUCUGAUUGUCUUUAUGAGGCGAGCCGGCUAUCCGGUACCACCGUUUGACUUCAGUGUGGAUGGAGUGACCAGCAUAUCGGCAGAUACUCACAAGUAUGGAUUCACACCAAAAGGUUCGUCGGUUAUCCUGUACUCGGACAAAGUCUACCGACAUCACCAAUAUACAGUUUCGACGGAAUGGCCCGGCGGUGUCUACGGAUCGCCAACAGUGAACGGGUCUCGUGCCGGAGGUGUUAUCGCAGCUACCUGGGCGACGAUGAUGAAUUUUGGAUUCGAUGGAUAUGUUGAAACAACCAAACGCAUUAUCGAUACUAGCCGAUACAUCGAGAGUCAGCUUCGUAAGAUCGGUAAUAUAUUCAUUUUUGGAACACCAGCCACUAGUGUCAUCGCCAUCGGAUCGAAAGAUUUCGAUAUUUUCCGUCUUUCGGCUGAACUGAAUUCACUUGGGUGGAAUCUGAAUUCCCUUCAGUUCCCCUCCGGAAUUCACAUCUGCGUGACAUACAUGCAUACGCAGGAUGGCAUAGCCGACAAAUUCGUCAACGACGUUCGAUCGAAGGUUGCGCUCAUCAUGAGAAACCCUGAGAAACCAGUAGAAGGUAAAAUGGCAAUUUACGGCGUGGCCCAAACUGUACCAGAUCGGGAGAUUGUAGGCGAAUUUACCAAGUGCUUUAUCGAUUCGAUGUACUAUACGGUGGAAGAAACAGAUUAAAGUGUUGUUGUGAUAUUUAAGUGUACUUUUGUUAGCUGUCUAAAUAUACACCACAAAGAAGACAAAAAGUGAGUUUCAGAAAGAAAAUAAAAGACUCGAACUCGCCAAGUUUGUUCAGUAAACGAAUUUGCACUGUUAAUUGAACUAUCCUGUAAAUAAAGGGUAUACCGUUUAAAA